CAGCCCCACCAAUCAUAAGCUUAAGAUGAGAGUCAGUGUGUGCAUGGUGAGUUGUGAUUGGUUGUUGGAGGCAGUUAUGUUGAGUUUCAGCAGUUGCUGUUCUUCUCAACACAGUUGGCUGAGUGGACACACGUUGCUGCAAUACACCCUCUUCAAGAUGCGCCACGUUGCUGCCUACCUUCUAGCUGCCAUGGGCACUAAUCAGCCCACAGCAAAUACCAUAAAAUCUAUCCUUGAAAGUGUUGGUGUAGAGCCCGACGACAAACAACUAGCAGUGCUCAUGAAGAAGAUGGAAGGAAAGAAUCUUAACCAACUGAUUGCUACAGGAUCAGCACUGAUUUCGUCCAUGCCUUCGUGUGGUGGUGGUGGUGGCAGCGGUGGUAGUCUGGGUGCAGCUACUGCUGCACCUGCUGCAGCCCCAGCUGCACAAGAAAAGAAGAAAGAAGAAAAGAAAGAAGAGCCUCAGGAAGAGUCUGAUGAUGAUAUGGGCUUUGGUCUCUUUGAUUAAAUAAAAUAUUGACAAAUAUAAA